AUGUGCUGCUCCCCUUGCUGCCAGCCCACCUGCUGUGGGUCCAGCUGUUGCCAGCCUUGCUGCCGCCCAUGCUGUGUGUCCAGCUGUUGCCAGCCUUGCUGCCGCCCAUGCUGUGUGUCCAGCUGCUGUCAGCCUUGCUGCAGCCCAUGCUGUGGGUCUAGCUGCUGCCAGCCUUGCUGCCGCCCAUGCUGUGUGUCCAGCUGCUGCCAGCCUUGCUGCCGCCCAUCCUGUGGGUCUAGCUGCUGCCAGCCUUGCUGCAGCCCAUGCUGUGGAUCCAGCUGCUGCAGCCCAUGCUGUGGGUCUAGCUGCUGCCAGCCUUGCUGCCGCCCAUGCUGUGUCUGCUGCCAGCCUUGCUGCCGCCCAUGCUGUGUGUCCAGCUGCUGCCAGCCUUGCUGCCGCCCAACCUGCUGUCAGACCACCUGCUGUAGGACUACCUGCUGCCGACCCAGCUGCUGCUGCCGCCCUUGCUGUGUGUCCAGCUGCUGCCAGCCUUCCUGCUGCUGA